AUGAUGAAAAAUACGAGGGAAAGCGAAGAAAUAGUUCUUCUCAAAGAAGAAGAAGAGGAAGAAGAAGACGACGAAGAAGCAUUAUCACUAUGUGAUCUUCCAAACAAUGAAGAGAACCAAACAAAGAAAGAAGCUUGUGGAAGUACUAGUGAAGUCCAAUUAGAAGAUUUUGAUUUUAACUCUUGUGGUGGUAAUAUGUUGAAAGAGUCAGAGAUGUGCACGGCAGAUGAAAUUUUCUACCAAGGCCAAAUCUUGCCUUUGCGUCAUUCAGUUAGUUUGCCGAGUGAUCGGCCUAAUUGUUGUAGUAAUGACGCAAAUUCAAGCAGUAGAAGUAGUAGUAUUCGAAGCCAGCGUUCAUCUAGCAGUGGCAGUUCUUCUAAUUUCAGCACUACGUGUUCAAAAUACAAGCCUAAAGUUCGAAACCAAUUUCAUUCUCAUCCUAGUCCAACACCCCAGGUUCGAUUUUCAAAGUCAGCGAUUCAAUCAAACGUCAACAAUUCAAGUCGAAAAUCUACAUUGUGGAGUCUUUUUCGUGUUGGUCUAGUGACAACACCUGAAAUUGCAUUACAAGAUCUUAAAAACAGAAGCAACAAGGAUAAUUCAGGAAGUCGAAAUAGCACGAGCAGUAGUAGCAGUGGCAGCUUCAACAAUAAUGAUAAUACGAUGAGAAUUAUACUAAGCAAGAAAAAGAAACAGAGGUUUUCUCUUGGUAGCUGCAAAUGUUCAGCAAAUGCAGUAGAAACAGUUCCUUCAAAUGUACUGAUCAUGAACAGUAAAAGUACAAUUACGAAAACAAGAAAGGAGACCAGCAGGGACCAUGAACAUGAAGAUAAGAAGGAUUCAUCGGAGAAUAUCAAAGCGACAAAAAAGCAAGCAAUGUCACGUCAUCGAACGUUUGAAUGGUUAAAGCAACUUUCACUAGAAGGUCCAUCUGAUGAAACAUAA